AUGGUACAUGUGGCGCUGGACCCCAGGAAGAAACCACGAAAUAUAAAGUGGACCGAUGAGUUUAGAGUAUUUCUGUGUUGUCUAUACAAGUUUUUCGAAAACGAUCACUCAGUUUUCCAAAACAUCUUCAAUAGGAGGUUUGAACAGCAGAUAAUCGAGGGGGGCUAUAACUACCCAGUACGGUACAGUACACUACAUAGCCAGUGGGUAUGUAUGAAGCGACUGGGGGAUCCUCUGUGGGGAAGGAUUCACUUGUCGUCCUUUGAAUAUGAACUUCGCGCCCCCCAUGAAAAUCGUGCUGUUCAAGAAAUACAGACAAUAGCAUGUUCUCAAGGCUGGAGCAUUCACGAGAAGCUCGAAGACAACAUUGACAAGUCUGGUUUUGAAUACCGAGAGAUGGUCGUCCCUCAAUCUCUAAGAGGAUCGGACACUGAAAGCUCCACGCUUGUCCAUGGAGGAGGCAAAAUUUGCUUUUGGUGUCACUCAGAGGGCCUGGAAAGCCAGGUAGGUAUCAGGGUAUGCGUGCUUUUAUCUAUUCCAAAAUUCUGUAGUGCUGUUCAACCCGGUCACAUGCCUCCAAUUUUGUACCGAUGGUGGAAUGUAGACUCACAGGGUAUCAACUCUAUGGAUUCAUUCGUGGCUGGAAUGUUCUCCAAAGCAAAGAAGAACUUCUUCCUUCCUGGAGACAUUCUGCCCGAAGAGUUCAAUACUUACUUUCGCCGGCAUAUUCAAAUCCAACGCACCCCUUCACCAUUUAUAUCAACCUUCAAGUCAAUGUUGGCUCCGGUGCACAGAGCAUUAAGGAACCAAGAAGGUGCCACGGUCUCAAUAAUUGAUGCACGGAAGCUGGAAGCGCAAAUUUAUUCUGCUAAAGACUUUGUGCAGGAAAACAGCAUACGGAUUGGGACCUACAAUGGCGCAGGAGAGUAUUUGAUCUGGGGGGAGGUCCCAAAUGCUGCAAUCAUUUGCAGUUUCAAAGUAAGUCAGCUUUGUCGCAUUGCUUCUGAGAACACGCAGAUCGGCAAACUCCUUCACCUAGACAUGAUUAGCAGCUACAAGAUCAACCGGCGGGCCCUGCACCGGGCAUUAGCGAAGGGGGCAAGUGCUCUGGACAUGCAAGCAGGGUUGGCCAUCGGAGGGCUGCUAUCUCUCCUACAAGUUCCCUAUCAAUAUUCUAAAGAUGUGAGCGAGGGUAUAGCGUAUUCCUGGAGAGUAAAACGGCGAAGACUCCCCUGGAAGGACUUUUUCGAAGGAGUUCAGGCUGCGUAUCUCGGGGUGCCACCCUUGAUUUCACACGUCCCAAGGCCUACCCUAGACAAUAACAAUGAUAAUUUGAAUGCAUUCGAAAGUUCCGAUGAAGAACUACUAUUCAGCGAUUAUGACGAUGACGACGGCGAGGAGGAAGGGGACAACGAUAAGAAUGGCCACCUGGACAAUGCUGAACUACCAAACGAGCAAGACGAUGAAAAUAGGUCUUCGGGUGCGAUCGACACGCACUUCUCAACUGAAUGGGUAAUGAUUACGGCGCCGGCGGAAAAUGAUGUUGUGGUCUUGUUGGACAGCUCUGACGAGGAAAUGGGAGAUGGAGAUGACAGCGUACGCGAGGAACAGAUCAUCCUUCGGCCAGAAGAUCAAUGUGGAGCGGAUAGAGAACGAGAUAGGAAUGCUUUGUUUGGUUGA